AUGAACUUCAGAAACCUUUUCUUGUCUUUCUUCUUCGUUCUGGCGGUUGGGCUUGCUCUUGUCCACGCCGAAGAAGCUCAGCCCCGGGGCCCCAAGAUCACUAGUAAGGUUUACUUUGAUAUUGAACACGGAGACAAGCCCCUGGGCAGAGUCGUGCUUGGGUUGUACGGCAAGACUGUUCCCAAGACUGCUGAGAACUUCCGUGCUCUCGCUACUGGGGAGCAGGGCUUUGGCUAUGAAGGAUCUACUUUCCACCGUGUCAUCAAGGACUUCAUGAUCCAGGGCGGUGACUUCACCCGUGGCGAUGGUCAGUAUUCACACCAGUCGGAAUAUUUGUGCACCGGCGGAAAGUCGAUCUACGGCGAGAAGUUCGCAGACGAGAACUUCAAGCUGAGGCACACACGCAAGGGGCUCCUGAGCAUGGCUAAUGCCGGCAAGGACACCAACGGAUCCCAGUUCUUCAUCACCACCGUCCCUACCCCAUGGCUUGAUGGCCGCCACGUUGUCUUCGGCGAAGUGCUUGAGGGCUACGAGAUUAUCGCACAGAUUGAGAAUGUGCCCAAGGGUCGUGCUGACAGACCUGUGGAGACUGUCAAGAUCGUCAAGAGUGGAGAACUGGAGUCGGAAGAGAAGGCCGAAGAGAAAGAAUCGAGCUCUGAAGAAUCGUCACAACCCUCAGCAAUCCCUGAUGUUCUUUCUCCAACCCCUCUGCCAAUGACAUCUGACAACACUCCCUAUAUCUUCCCGAAGUUUGCAGCGCUUGCCAUUGUUGUUGGUCUCUUGGUGGUGCUGGUCCGAAGCAGCCUCAAGAGACAGCAGGAGAAGGCUGAGAGGAGCGUUGUUUGA